AGUUCUGCACUUAAUCACCCCACCACCACAACCUCUGAACCCCACUCUUUCACUUUCCCAACACUUUCUUCUUUCCAUUUUAAUCACAUGUGGCAAAUCAAGAACCAACUCUACAAAAAGAAUGUCUAGAUACAGCUAUAAAUCAUCACACACCACACAUACUUCUUGAACUAACUAUGCCACCAUGACCAAAAAAAUUAAACCAACACUUGUCUUGGUACUCUUUGUUUUGUUAUCAAGAACAGUUGUUUCUGUUGAGUUUGUUUACAAUGGUUUUAAUGAAGUUGAACCUAAUAAUCUUAGUGUAAAUGGGGUUGCUCAAAUUUCCAAGAAUGGUGUUUUACAGCUUACAGAUGAAACAUCUAGAGUUGUUGGUCAUGUAUUUUACAAAAAUCCAAUAAGAUUCAAGAAUGAUCAGUUUGGUAAUAAUGUUUCUUCUUUUUCUACUGCUUUUGCUUUUGGGAUUGUUCCUGAAUAUGCUAAGUUAGGUGGUCAUGGUUUUGCUUUUACAAUAUCAACAAGUAAUGAAAUGAAAGGUGCACGUCCUAGUCAGUAUUUAGGACUUUUGAAUAACAGUGAUGUUGGGAAUUUUUCUAAUCAUUUGUUUGCUGUUGAAUUUGAUACUGUUCAAGAUUUUGAGUUAGGUGAUAUUAGUGAUAAUCAUGUUGGUAUUGAUAUUAAUAAUUUGGAAUCCAAUGCUUCUGUUAAUGCUAGUUACUUUUCUGAAGGAAGUUCUACUAAGCAGAAUCUUUUUCUGCAGUGUGGAAAGACAAUUCAGGCUUGGAUUGACUAUGAUUCAAGUAGAAAUUUAUUGAAUGUUACACUUUCCAUGUCUUCAAGAAAACCAAGUUAUUCAAUUUUGUCUUACCAUGUGGACCUUUCUCCAAUUCUUGAGGAAUUCAUGUAUGUUGGAUUUUCUGCUUCAACUGGUUUGCUUGCUAGUUCACAUUAUAUAUUUGGUUGGAGUUUCAAGAUGAAUGGGAUGGCUCAAUCUUUGGAUCUUGAUUCACUGCCUUCUUUACCUAAGCCUAAGAAGGACCAAACAACCUUAAUUGUUGCUACCUCUUUGUCUGCUGUCAUGUUUCUUGCAUUUGGACUUAUUUUAGCCUUGUAUGUCAUUUGGAAAUUCAAGAACAUAGAUGUGAUUGAACCUUGGGAACUCGAAAUAGGUCCACAUAGGUUUUCUUAUAAGGAGUUAAAGAAGGCUACAAGGGGUUUUAGAGAUGAAGAGUUACUUGGUUUUGGUGGAUUUGGUCGAGUUUAUAAAGGGUUGUUGCCUAAGACCAAUAACGUUGUUGCUGUUAAGCGAAUAAAUCAUGAAGCGAAGCAAGGUCUUCAAGAAUUUGUUUCUGAAAUCGCCACUAUUGGUCGCCUUAGACAUAGAAAUUUGGUUCAGCUCAUAGGAUGGUGUCGGCGAAGCGGUGACUUGUUACUUGUUUAUGACUUUAUGCCUAAUGGAAGCUUAGACAAAUACAUUUACGAUGAACCAAGAGUUGUUUUAACUUGGGAGCAGAGAUUCAAGAUUAUUAAAGGUGUCGCUUCUGGUUUGUUGUAUUUACACGAAGAAUGGGAACAAACUGUAAUUCAUCGAGAUAUUAAAGCAGGGAAUGUGUUGUUAGAUUCAGAAAUGAAUGGAAGACUUGGAGAUUUCGGACUUGCUAAGUUAUACGAGCGUGGAGCAAAUCCUAGCACAACAAGAGUAGUGGGCACAUUGGGUUAUUUAGCUCCAGAAUUAACCAAAACUGGAAAGCCAACGACAAGCUCAGAUGUUUUUGCCUUUGGUGCAUUGCUGCUAGAAGUUGCUUGUGGGAGGAGGCCGAUUGAGGCAAAGGCAUUGCCUGAGGAGUUAAUCAUAGUGGAUUGGGUAUGGGAUAAAUGGAGCGAAGGAGCCAUUCUUGAAGUGGUUGAUCCAAGACUAAACGGCGAAUAUGAUGAGAUGGAGGCCUUGAUGGUGCUUAAAUUAGGACUAAUGUGUUCAAAUAAUACAUCAUCUAAGAGACCUAGUAUGAGGCUAGUCGUUAGAUACUUGGAAGGGGAGGUGGUGCUGCCCGAGACAUUAUCAGCGCCUGAUGAAUAUGAUGGAAAGAAAAGUGGCGCUAGUGAUAUGGAGUUAGAGGACUUCGUACCUUCCUAUCCAUCUUCGUCCUAUCUAGAGAAAGUAAGCACUUGGUCAUCGGCUUAUGAUGGUGAAGGAGAUAUUGAUAUUGAAGCUAAUUCAGCAAGGCCAACGGAUUCUGGCAGAGAGGACAACAGGUAGCCAUGCGAUAUGGAGGGAUCAUUCUACCUGCUCUCUCAAACUCCCUCCAUAUUUAAGACUUCUUUUUAUGGUUUGAUUUCUGACUUAAAUGUAAAUUUAUGGCUUAAGUAUCAACCAUUCUCUGGUUUUGAGAAUAUUGGUGUGAGUAAGAUGUGAAUAUAUUUUAGCAGUCAGUCAAUUUUGAAUCUUGAUGAAUCUUUGUCCAUUUCAAAGGAAUUUUGACUUCA